CUCCCGUCCCAGCCCGCCCGCCUCCACUCUCCCUUCCUCCACACUCGAUCUCCAUCUCUCUGUCUACCACGCUCACCAUCAUCUUUAAGCGAAGAACGCCCAGUAAAUUAUACCCGCAGCAAAAAGAAAGAAAGCAAGAAACAGUAAAAUAUGGAAGCUUCAUCGUUCGGACAUCGGAAAGUGAAGGCGAUGAAGGAGCUGGUCCGGGGCCAAGAUCUGGCCAAGCGGCUCCAGAAGUCCAUUUCCCGCGGCGGGUCUCCGUCGUCGGCCGAGGACGACGCCCAGGAGCUCGUCGCUUCCUUCACCAAGGCCCUCUCCGUGCUGAGCCACUCCGAAUCCGACGACGGCUCGCAAGUCUCGGACGGCCAGAACGACCCCGCCGCCAGGUCCGACGGCUCGUCCGAGGAGAGCAGCAAGCGCAAAGACGGCAGAGGACGCUACAAGAGGAGGAGGCCUUCAGAUACAUGGUCAAAAAUUAGCCCCACGCUCGUCGACGAUGGCCAUGCUUGGAGAAAGUACGGCCAGAAGUCCAUCCUCAACACCGAUUUCCCGAGGAGCUAUUAUAGGUGCACUCACAAGGUGGAACAGAAGUGCCCGGCGACCAAGCAAGUCCAGAUGAUAUCCAAGGACCCUCCCAUGUAUCAGAGCACCUACUAUGGCCGCCACACCUGCAAGAACCUGCUGAACUCCCCUCAGAUCAUCGUCGAUCAUGAGGAUGAGGACUCCAAGAAGCUCGUCAGCUUCAGCGGCAACGCCGCGAGCUCGCAGAACAACGCCUUCUUCUCCUCGUUGAGCUUCGGGUUGAUAAAGGAGGAACCCAGGCAAGAGACGGUGCCGGGCGGCGAUCACGCCCUAUUCCGCUCCCAACCGCUGCCGCCACCGCCACCGCCACCGCCGAGCGAUUGUAAUUUUCUCCCUGAAUACUGGCCGAGAGAGGUGGAUCAGCUUGACGAUUUCAUGCCCUUUGGAUCUUAUUGAUAUAUAGGGUCAUCUUCGCCUCGACCCAGUGUAGGUACUCCUGAGUUUCCAUCUGCACUAAUGGAACUGGUGGACCUCAUCCAUUUUAACUGUUCAGACAAAUAAGUGCUCCGAUCUAUAUGAUGUUUUCUGGUUGAGAUGGAGAUCGAUGGUCACUGAGAUUCUUCAAUGGUGUAAAAACUAGUCUACUAAUUCUAAAGAGAUCCAUAAAUAUUCCCUUUCAGUGCAAAUUAACGGGAGAAUCCUUCGCUUCUUUUCACAUUGAUCAGCUUCAUGGGAUAAGUAAUCAACAUAAGGAGCUAGCAGAUGUUCUCCGACUAGUCUGGUCAUGGCUCGUGGAUUCUUGUCCUUUGAUUGGUAAUUCGUGGAGUUCUUGGAUUUUGGUCGAUUUACUGUGGUAAAUGCAUGGACUUUAUAUAACUCUUGCCUACAAUUUUCAUAUCAUGAUGGUCCGAUAUAUUUGAUUGUAGCAUAGAAAAGAGAUCCUAUGUGAUCAAUUUGCAUUUUUGAGUACCUUUAGAUUCAAGUAUUUGUCCUUCUCGAUUAUGGCUCAACAAGUACUAUAUAUCUCUUGGGUUUGUUCCGAUUUUGCCGGACACGCCAGCCGUAUUCUCAAAAAUUGAUUUAUAAUUGGGAAUUUAUUUACAGACAAUCGCUCAUAUGAACUAAAUG